AUGACUCUCAAAUUAUACGCCUUCCCAACUCCAAAUGGAUUGAAAGUUUCAGUUCUCUUGGAAUUAUUGGGGCUCAAAUAUGAGUACCAUAGCGUGGACAUCCGUACCAACGUGCAAAAGGAGGACUGGUUCCUUGCCUUGAACCCAAAUGGCCGUAUUCCAACCUUGGUGGACUCUUCCACAAACACCACUCUUUCAGAAAGUGGUGCCAUUUUGCAAUAUCUUGUCGACACCUACGAUAAAGAACACAAGUUCUCCUACCCUUAUGGAUCCAGUCUUUACUACAAGCAAUUGGAGGUGCUUCUUUUCCAAAUGGCUGGAGUUGGUCCUAUGCAAGGUCAAUUUGGACAUUUCUCUAUUUUCGCCCAAGAAAAGGUUCCAUAUGGAAUUGAAAGAUAUGGUGCUGAAACAAAGAGAUUAUAUAGUGUAGUUGAAUUGUACUUGGAAAGAAAUAAGGAAAACGGACUUUAUUUGGUCGGGGACCGUGUCACUAUUGCCGACAUUGCCAUUUUCACAUGGGCUAGAGGUUUGGAAAGACUCGGGGUUGAUAUCAAGCAAUGGCCAUUGGUCAGUAAAUGGUUUGAUAGUAUCGAUGCCUUGCCUGAAGUUCAAAAGGGUUUGAACCCAGUUUAA